UAACGCUAAAAUCGAGAUUUUUGGACCGCCCCUCCCCCCUCCGUAACGCUAUUUUGUAUGAAAAUCGUAAAAUUUUUGUAUGGGCCGUAACGGGCAUACUCCCCCCUCCCCAUAGAGCGUUACGUAAUAUGUGGACGGCGCCUUGUCCUUUAAAUGGGAUCACCAAGGCAAUCUAGAAAAACUAUACAAAAUAUUCCGCAAUAACCUUCCAUAUUAUGAUCAACUCGUCUCUAAUAUUCGUAGUUCAUUGGCACUUUAGUCAAUAUGUACCCAAUUUAUUUUAUUCAGUGUAUUGUAUAUAAUGAUUACCGAUUUUGUGCAAUCAUUAUUUAUUUAGCGUGUAUGUUUUGAUUUUACUCGACGCUCGGCGGAGCUCUCGUUUUUUUUCAGUGAAAAAUAAAAUGGUAAAAUAAGCUGCUAAAAUGAACAGCCGUCGUUGUAAAAGAUCCGGAAGUGCGGAGAAUGUGCCCGUGUCCUUUGUGGAGGUGAAGGUUGAACCGGAUGUGCUGGCAUAUGAAUGCAGUGAAUCGUUGCCAUCGUUGAACACUCGGACUCGACAUGCAAAGAGACGGAGCUCAAAAGUUGUCAACAAGUGCGUUGAUGAAUCGCAGGUCAAAAAGCCAAAAACUAAGAAGACCAAGACUCACUACAGACGAAAUCGUGCCACUCAAGUAAAUUCGGAAGACAUUAACAUGAUCAACGUGAGAAGAUUCGACCUACUGGACACUAACGCCGAGAAUAAACCAAUCAGAGCCAUUGGAACCGAGUCGGUCAUUCCCCAGUGUCGCUUUUGCCUACGAAGGGUUUCUCGGGAAAAUUUGAAAAUCAUACUCAUGAAACAUAGCAUAAAAGCACAUGCUGCGCUUCAGAUUCGAGUAUUCCACCAUGAUGCGUAUCCGUUAGCCUGUGUGAAUUGUUUGAAUAUGAUUGACAUCAUCUUUGAUUAUAAAUCAGUAGUCACUAAGGCACGAAAGUUACUCCUUGAUAAAAGAAUGCACUUGGAGAAUGACGGGUGGGAUGAUCCAGUCAAUGUAGGCAGUUUCAAUCAAUGUAAAUCAGCCAUAGAGAAACAUCGAAUGCAAAUCGAUACGAUUUAUGAUGAUCACUUGGCUAGAGAUGAAAGAAGAAAUACGCAGAUGCUGGAUCCGAAAAUGGAGUUGAGCAUUGAGGAUAAUGCAGCAUCUGACACCAGGAAUGACACGAUUCAUAUUCAAAACGCAUAUACCGCCGAUUCAGUACAUAAGGAAUCAACUUCUGUUCAAUUAUCUCUGGAACCUGGAAUUGGUGAUGUAGAAAGUAUUUUACAGGCUGUCGUUGAAGAUGUUUCUGUAAAUAGUGGCAAUAUUAUAAAUGCUGGUGACGGGUUUGAACUUCCCGCUGCAAAUUCUGUAGCCACUCCACCAAAUACGGAAUCAUUAGAGAAUGAGAAUGGUAUACCAUCACGCAGUAGAAGAAAAGCAAAAGAAAAUAAAGUUUACUAUUCUUCUGAAUCUGAGCAGAGCAUCGAAGAUGAUGAUUACGAUCCAGGCGAUUCGAAUGCUUCUGAAAAUGAUGACGAUGACUUGGUUUACAUUCCAGUAUCAUUGACUUCGGAAAUACCAGAAGUAUCUGUACCCAAAAAAAGAAAAUACAAUAAAAUGAGCGGCCUACCACGAAAGCCCAGAACGAAAGAGCAGCACCCUAGAAAGCGUCGUAAGCCAAGAGAAUCAGGGUUGGACUACAAAUCACCGCCCGUUCAACCUGUACUGUGUGACUUGUGUGGAGAAUCAGUUCGUCCUGAAACCAUCGAAGGACACAGAAAUCGUCAUCUAGGGAUCAAACCAUACAGCUGUCCCGCCGCAGGAUGCGAUUGGACAUUUUACGGUCGAUCCAACAUGUCCACCCAUGUGCGACGAGUGCACCCGGAGAACGGAGUACCAACUCAGAAAUGCGACGUGUGCGGCAAGCACAUCAAAGGCACAACUGGAUCAUUGAAUGUGCACAGAAAGCGUCAUUUCCAGCAAGAGAGAAACUUUGUUUGUACAAUAUGUGGUAAAGGUUUCACCUUGAACCGAUACCUCAAGCAACACUCGGUAGUGCACACAGGACUGUUUCCACACGAAUGCAGCUUUUGCGGUAAAAAGUUCAACAAUAAGUGGAGCAUGAAGACGCAUGAGAAAAAUGUCCAUGGUAAGAAAAGUCAAGAUUGAUCGAACGAUUGUAUAAGUUGAGAAAAAUCAAUUUUGUUUCAAUAUUUCAAGACAGCGGAAGUAAGGCUGUCAUUAAAUUUUAAUUUAUGUUAA